UUACCCACCAUUUCGCCCCGACAACUUCGGCGGCGAGGGUGUGCUAAAUGGGGCUGCCUGACUCACGGGCCGCAAGCAUAUUAUAAUCCUCUCGCUUUAUUAUGCUCGCAGUCCACUAGUCAGUGGCAUUAGUCGAAUAUUCACGACCUCGUCUUGACUGCCGUGUGCUCUAGUCAUCUCUAGUCAACCAGUGUUUGGUGUAAUAGCCAGUGUACCUUUUUGUGUUAACUCUUCGACCACCACCAGCGCCACAAUGUCUCAACAGCAGCACGUGGUGAAGCAGAGCACUUCGACGCAGCAGAGCAGCAGCAGCGUCAGCAUGCAGCAGUCGAGGGUCCAGCAGCAGACGCAAGUGCAGACCCGCACCGUGCGCGAAGUUCAGCAGGGCGUGCAGCGGGUCCAGGGCCCCACACAGAUGAUGCCUGUUGGCAUGCCACCGGGCGCGUCUCCACCAGUUUUCGUGCAAAUAUUCCGCAAUGCUCGCUUUGCCCAAGGCGGUGAUGCCAUGUUCGAGGGCAAAGUUACGGGCAAUCCCAAACCCACAGUCACCUGGACACGCAAAGGAGCACAAAUCGCCUCCGGUAACAAGUACCAGGUGACCCACGACGAAACGACAGGUAUAGUCACCUUACUGAUUACCGCCAUCGGUCCUGGCGAUGAGGGCGAGUACACCUGCACAGCCGCUAACCAGUACGGCGAGGCCAUAUGUACAGUCUACAUCCAGCCCGAGGCGGCCUACAUGAUGCAGCAACAACGACAGCAGCAGCAGUCCAUGCAGAUGUCACAAAGCAAGUCCAUGAUGCAGCAACAACAUAUGUCGCAACAAUCUUUUUCUCAGCAGCAGCAGCAACAUAUGAUGUCGGUGCAAAAUGGACAAAUUGAAUCCUUCCGCGUGGACACUUUUGAGUACAGACUGCUUCAUGAAGUGGAGUUCCGGCAGUCGCUAACUAUGCGGCUGGCGGGGGAGGUGGAGGUGGAGGUUGGGGCUAUCCAGGGCCCUCCUCAGGCACCUCAGCUACAGCAGAAACCUCGCUCCACCAAGGUCGCCGAUGGAGGAAACGCCACUUUCACAGUCAGUGUCAGUGGCUACCCGACGCCCAGGGUCGUUUGGUUCAAGAACGGUGUACGUCUUCAGGCGAGUGAUAAGUACCUGAUGACACAGUCUGCCGGACAAGUGACCCUGGUGGUGAAGCAAGUAAAUUCGUUGGACAAUGGCUACUACACCAUGCUAGCCGAGAAUAACUCUGGCUGUACCGUGGCCUCUGCCCAGCUGGCCGUGGUGCCCCGUGGGGAGAUCACCAACGGCGUCCCCGUACCUGAGAUCAUCCGUCCCGAAAGGAUUGAGCAGCAGCAGGCUCAAUAUGAGGUGAUGGAGGCAGAUACAGGAGACGACAGCAGCAAGUCCAUGGAACCCAAGUUUGUGCGCGGCCCAACUGACCGCGAGGUGCAGGAGGGCAGGAUGGUCCGCUUCGAUGCUCGUGUCUCUGGCAGACCUUACCCAGAGGUGGCGUGGUACAUCAAUGGUGUACUGGUAGUAGAUGACGCCACCCACAAGGUGUUGGUGAACGAGGCAGGCAACCACUCCCUCAUGAUCCAGAGAGCUUCCCUCAAGGACGCUGGCAUCAUUACCUGCGUUGCCAGGAACAAGACAGGCGAGGCUACAUUCCAGUGUCAGCUGAACGUGCUGGAGAUGCAGCAGAUGGUCUCACCCAAGUUUGUGGAGAGAUUCCAGCAGUGCUCGGUGUCUGAAGGGGAGACUGUGGUACUUCAGUGUCGCGCUGUGGGCACCCCUACGCCUGUCCUCUCAUGGCAGAAAGACGGCGUCAGUGUAGAGAAUACACAGAACGUGAUGGUGCAGUACGACCAGAAUGGAGCGUCGUGUCUACAGAUCCUGAGUGCAGGCGUCGUAGACGCUGGAUGGUACCAAUGCAACGCACAAAACUCCGCUGGAUCCACUGCGACCCGCGCCCGCCUCCAUGUCAAAACUCCACAGGCUCCAGCACCUUCGGCACCGCACCGACCUCACUUCCCUAAACCUACAAAGAUUAUAGAACCAGAGCCUGAACCCGAGCCCGAACUAAUUAUCCUGCGCCCCGUGGAGCGUGCCCACCAUGUGCCCAAGGCCCCUGAAGAGGAGCAGCCCACCGAACCCCCUAAGUUUACACAUCCCUUAAGGGAUAUCGAUAUUGUCGAAGGCACUCGUGCCCAUUUCGAAGCUAAGGUGAUACCCGUUGGUGAUGCCACAAUGAAUAUUGAAUGGCUCAUCGACGGCAAACCCAUCUCUGCCAGUUCCCGAGCAACCGUGACAUACCGUUUCGGCUUCGUAGCGUUAGAUAUCCUUAACGUGAUCAACGCUGACUCCGGUGUUUACACCUGCCGUGCCACCAACGUCAAGGGCCAGGCCGAGACAUCUGCCAAUCUCCGUGUGACGGAGCGGCCCUUGAUUGAGAGUCAGACACAACACCCUGAGGCAAUGGAGAAAAUCAGCUACUUGGAAGAUCACUCCCGCUACCAGCGAACCAUCUCCAUUGACGAGUCUAGUACAAUCAAACCCACCUUCGUCAAGCCUCUGAGCAACUUGGGCGAGGUUUUGGAGGGCAAGUACGCCCACUUCGAAGCCCAGUUGCAUCCCGUCAGCGACCCUUUUAUGAGAAUCGAGUGGUUUAAGGAUGGCAAACAUAUUACUGCUAGUUCUCGCAUAAAUGUGAUCUAUAACUUUGGCUAUGUGGCACUCAACAUCAUGCAGCUGCGAGAGGAAGACAGUGGCAUCUACACCGUCCGCGCCACCAACAAAGCUGGAGAAUGCACCUGUCAAGCCUCCAUCAGGGUCAUCUCCCUCUCGAGUGUAACAGGUGACCUGGGCAUCCCAGAACAAGCUCAGCACAUAAAAAGUGUCGAGGAGAUGGAGGCAUACAGGUUGCAGAUGCUACAGAAGACAAGUUCAGAGUUGGCCGAGGCAUCAACUGCUCCAGUAUUCAAGACACAGCUCAAGGAUUCGACUGCACGGGAGGGCGGCUAUGCCCAUUUUGAGGCUCGCCUGGAACCCAUCGGGGACCCAACGUUGAAGGUGGAGUGGUUGAAGGAUGGACGCCCUAUGGAAGCUAGUUCACGCAUCACAUCAUUUUUCAACUUCGGCUACGUUGCUCUCACUGUUAAGGCACUGAUCGUAAAAGAUGCAGGAACUUACGUUUGCCGAGCGUACAAUGCCAAGGGUGAGGCUCAGGUAUCGUGCCAACUCGUCGUUCUAUCCAAGACCGAAAAGGAAGGAGAAUCUCAAUAUGAAGAUACUGUAUUGAAAAUGCAAUACCUUGAGGAUUCCUCUCGCUUCCAGAGGAAAGAGACUGAGGAUGUGUCUACUGUAGCUAUACCUCCCAAGUUUCUCGGUCCCUUGAAGGGAACCAAUAAAAUCGUUGAAGGACAGAAGGCUCACUUUGAAAUUCGUCUUGAACCCCAGAGUGAUCCUACCAUGACAGUAGAAUGGUACUUCAAUGGAGAAGUUAUAAUGUCAGCAUCCCGUAUCAAGACUUACCAUGACUUCGGCUAUGUCUCACUAGACAUUUCUGACGUUCGUCAGACAGAUGCUGGCCAGUACACUGUGGUCGCCCGUAAUUCUCUCGGCCAGGCUCAAAUGUCCACCAUUAUGAGUGUUGAAACUCGCUCAGCCAUUGACACCACCUCGAUGCAUGAAGUAAGUCUCAGCAAGACAGCUGCCUUAGAGCGACGCCAUCAAGAACCUCAAUAUGAAAUUGAGGAGCUAACAAAAUCUAAGCCUGAAUUUACUCAACCUCUGCAGGACCCAAAGCCUUUGCCAGAGGGCAAGAACGUUCACCUAGAGGCUCGUCUUGAGCCCAUGAACGACCCCACCAUGAAGGUUGAAUGGUUCUUCAAUGGCAAGCCUAUUACAAUUGGAUCUCGUUUUAAGACAUACUUUGAUUUUGGUUUUGUUGCCUUGGACAUUCUUGGAGUUUACACCACAGAUUCUGGUGAGUACACAUGCCGUGCUGAAAAUUAUCUUGGCAGUGCUCAUACUUCUUCCUGCGUACGUGUCCUUGGCACCGGUGACAUUCAGACUGAUACCAUGCAUGACGGUGCUAUGGAGCAGAUCCAUUACCUGGAAGAUGCUUCUCGCUACCAACGAACAGCUGAAGAACAAGCUGAAAUCAACCAGGAACCAAACUUCGUCAAGUCACUGAGGAACAUCGAGACAGUUGAGGGCACCAACAUUCACCUGGAAGCCCGCCUGCAGCCUGUAGGAGAUUCAUCAAUGAGAGUAGAAUGGUUCUUCAAUGAUCAACCACUGAAAGUUGGACACCGUUUCAGACCUGCAUAUGAUUUCGAUUAUGUAGCUUUGGAUCUGUUAAGUGUGUACCCCAUCGUCGGUAUCUACACCUGUAGGGCUACCAACCGUCUCGGACAGGCUGUCACUUCAGCUUCGGUCAAAGUUACUGCCAAGAAGGACCUAGUGUUCGACUCAGAACACCCAGAGAGCCUACAGAAACUUCAGUAUCUGGACGACAGUUCACGGUAUCAAAGACGUGAAACAAUGGAAGAAGUUUCUGUCAAAAUCAAGCCUCGUUUUUUGACUAAACUGAAGGAUGUAACUCUGAGGGAUGGCAUGCAUGCUCACUUUGAAGCCAAGAUUGAGCCAAUUACCGACCCCAAUCUACGCAUCGAGUGGAUCAAAGACGGAAAACCCAUUCAGAUGGGUUCUCGGUUCCGUCUUAUCCACGAUUUUGGUUACGUGGCUCUAGAUAUCUCUGAUAUCAUCGAAGAGGACACAGGUGUUUACACUUGUGUGGCCACGAAUCUUAUGGGCAAAGACGAGAUUUCAGCCAACCUGAAGGUUUUGAGUGAGUAAAUUAUUAGGCCUCCU